UGUAAGCGCUGGCCGGGUGGCGCCUCGGCCGGCAGGGGCUGAGCUUGGGGCGACCGGCGCUCCAGCCCGGCCCGGCCCGGCAGUGCUGCCCUCAGCUCGAGUAUGGGAGCGGAGCGAGGGGGCCGGCGCGGAGCCGAGCUUCCGCGCGGCGCUGACCGGGUGUGGGGACGGCCCCCGGGGAGCUCCCGGCCCAUGGCCUUCAUCAUGAUGAAGAAGAAGAAAUUCAAGUUCCGCGUGGAGCUGGAGCUGGACGAGCUCUCCUCCGUGCCCUUCGUGAACGGAAUCCUCUUCUGCAAGGUGCGGCUGCUGGACGGAGGCAGCUUCAGCAGCGAGUCCUCCCGGGAGGUAGUACAGGCAAACUGUGUCCGCUGGAAGAAGAAGUUCUUGUUUAUGUGUAAAAUCAGCGCCACAACAGGGAUUCUGGAUGCUUGCAUCUGCAGAGUGUCUGUACGGAAGGAGUUAAAAGGAGGAAGAGCAUAUGCAAAGCUGGGAUUUGCAGAUCUCAAUCUAGCAGAAUUUGCUGGCUCGGGGAAUACCACUCGACGCUGUUUACUGGAAGGUUACGACACCAAAAAUACAAGACAAGAUAACUCCAUUCUCAAAGUUUUGAUCAACAUGCAGCUCAUGUCUGGAGACCCAUGCUUUAAAACACCUCCUUCCACAGCAAUGUCUAUAGCAAUUGCUGGAGAAUCAGAAUCUUUGCAUGAAGACAGGAAAGGUGGAGAAAACUUGAAAGUAGUACAUCUGGGCAUAUCAGAUAUGUCAUCGAAGAGUGCCUCGGUUCCAGAUGAACUUGGUGCAUGUGGACAUUCCAGAACGUCAAGCUAUGCAAGUCAGCAGUCAAAGCUGUCAGGAUACAGCACAUGUCACUCAAGAUCAUCCAGUCUGUCUGACCUCUGCCACAGAAGAAACACCUCGGUGGGUAGUACCUCAACAGGAAUUGGAAGCAUUCUAGAGCCACGUGAAGAGACUGAGACCAGAGUAACUGCAGCUAGUAUUGAUACAUCAGUUAAAGAUGCACCAUCAGAAAAGCUCUGCAGACACCCUGUAAAGCAAGACUCUGUGGAGUCACAGCUGAAGAGAGUCGAUGCUACCAGAGUUGAUGCUGAUGAUAUAGUUGAAAACAUACUGCAGAGUCAAGAUUUCAGCUUAGACUCAAGUGCAGAAGAAGGCUUAAGAUUAUUUGUGGGCCCUGGUGGAAGCACUUCUUUUGGGAGCCAUCAUCUACCAAACAGAGUAGGAUCUGGAGCAUAUGAGCAGGUGGUGAUAAAACGCUAGACUAGAGCACCAAAUGAGGAAAACUAGAAGCUCUGCUGUUGCCACUCCUGAUUUUGUUUGCUCCGUUUCAAGAGUUGGGAAAGUAAAAAUGAACUCUGUAUGAUCUUUCUGGGAAGUAAAAGAAUGUUUCUCACUCAUAGAGCUUCAUCUGUGGUAUGAAGGCAAUGAUUAGCCAUGUAUAGCUUGUGUGAGCACUUGAACUGUUUUUGUAAGCUCUACCUGACUUUAGUGGAAACAUUUGUGUUUUAAGUUGUGUGAAACUUACGUGGAAGCAUGAAGUGAGUCCUAUUUCAGUAUUUUAUGUAUGAGAUCAUAUGUGAUAUACUUUGUUCAAAUCUUUUCUAAUGCUUCUAAAAGCUGGUCUUAAAUGAACCUGAAGAAAUCACUCAGUUUGAUCCUGUCAUUUUAGUCUUAAAACAAAUACUUUUCUCAAGUCAAAAUUACUAUCCAGUCCAAAUUAAGGCCUCCACAAAACAGCCCAGCUGUGUUUUUAACAUAACCAAAGCCUACUGUGCAUAACUUCAUUGUGUGAAUAAACAGUAGCGGUGAACUUCAACUGUAUUAAAAAAACUCAACACUAAAUGCAACUAAACCAGCUAGAAAUCAGUUGUGCUAAACAUAAAUCAAGUCUAGAGGCUUAAAUAUAGCACAUAAAAAUACUAAGGCACAGAGAUGUAUUGUCAAGAAAGCUGACCCAGUUGUUAAGUCUGCAGCUGAAAAGGUGUUUCCACAGAAACUCACUUCAAUCAUGCAUGAACCUUGAGAUUCAAUGGGAUGGUACUGUUUACAAACCCAGUCAGUAGUUUACUACCACUUAGAAUUUUUCCUUUUGUAGCUUAAACCUUCACAGUUGGUUACUGCUUUGUUUGUGUUCUAUAUGUGCCUUGUAGGAUUGAGGAGGUACAAGGAGAUUAAGCUAUUUACUAAGCAACUUCUGCUUUAAAACUAGGUAAAUAUCUAUACUGUUAUCAGUAUAGGUUAAGAUGAGCACUUUAUUGUAGGUGUACUCUGCACUCUGAAAAAGUCUCACCAUGCAACAGCUUUGUUGAACACUUCUUCCUUGACAAAUGUACUAUAUUUCAUUUACAAGAGAAGCAAUUUGUCUCAUAUAUGCAAUCAUUAACUACAAAUGACCCUAGUUUUGUCACCAUUAGUUUCAUUAUCAGGCUUGAAUUAAAGACAAAAAUAAUGUGGCCACUUUUGAAAGCUCUGAGUACUUUAAGUUCUGCUCAGAGUGAUGUCUAACACUACUACUGAAGUGUAUGUAGCCCACACUUACCUUCACUAGGAAAAGUAAGCUUUGUUUUCCAGAAAUCCAUAGCAGAAUUAUUAAAACACAUUGUGUUCAAGAACGUUUCAGAUUUUAAAGCUAGAGUGCUGUUACUGAAUAUGAUAAAUAAGCUGUUUAUCAGUUAUUGUACUUACUUUUAUUUCCUACUGCUAAUUAUAAUGCUAGCUGUAAUUAUAUAAAAUAUCAUUAAAGUAGUUAAAGGAGCAAAGUAAUUAAUACAAAGACUGUAUUGUAGCUGCUGUUAAGGGAAGUGUAGUAUUAGCCAUUUCUGUCCUUCACAGCAAUUUUAAGCAGAAACCACGUAACUGCUAGGAUCUUUGGAGGUCCCGUCCAACCCAGACCAUUCUGUGAUUCUACACAUCUCCCCAAACAUGAUCGUUUCCUCUCUUAUUACACAACUAAUUUCUAACAAAAGAAAUUCUAUUGCAAGCCAGAAGAUGCACAAAAUUGGACUGAAUUAGUUGCUUUCAGUACUUUUUAAACACUGCUACUCUUGUGGACAAGUCUACUGAAAACAGUAGUGGUUAGAAGGUAGCUCACUAAAGUUUGUUAGGAAAAACAGGCAUAGUUUGAGGAAGAGAGACUUCUAAGGAACAGUGUACAGCUUCUUCUGUAGUUGUUAAAGAAGUUUCCAUAGCCCAGAUUUGUAUUCCAUGUUAGAAGAAUAACACAGAGUUAUUCUACCUAACUGCCACAGAUGAGGUAUUUUGUUCACUAGAAACCAAUUCUUUUCUUGCUUGAGCAGGUGUUUAAAAUAAGAGGAAAGUUUAUAUGGAAAUCAAGCUUUUAAUAAAACUGUAUCCUAGUAAUUUAUUAUUCUGACUUGAGUUACACCACUUUUAUUUAGUGGUUCUAUAAUUGUGUUUAUUUUAAGUGGAAUAUAACCAUAUUCACAUGUAGUAUUUUCUUUUUUGUAAACUGUGUUAGUAAGAAUACUGGAGACUCUCACAGUACACUCUGUGUGGUGGUGGUUGGGGUUUGGGUUUUUUUACUGUAUUUAAAUGCAGAUCUCUCCGAUAUUCAAUAAACUGAUGUCUUCAGUUUUGAA